AAUGGUUUGAAACCCAGCCGCGGAGCUGCUGCCGCCCACACGCAGAGCUGCUGUGCCACUGAGCUCUCGCAGGCAAAGCCAUCUCACCAGCGUCGGCCAUUACCCCGAGCCCACACUGGGCAGGCUGCUCCCCACCCGGGCCCUGCCCCUCCGCCCCGGCACCCUGACACCCACCGCCCUCCACACACACACUUCUUUUUUUAACUCUCCAGCACUCGGUUUUCUCUAGAGGAGACAUAAAAAGAAGGCAGACAUGGGACGAGCAGGGAGAAUGCUCCUGCCUCAUCGGAGCCUCCGGCUUUCGGGAGAGAGCAGCGGCCCCCCGCUGCCUGUGGACUGACCACUCAAAGGUUGCCUGACAUCGUGGACUGUCCAGAUGAUGUGGAAUGGAGGCUCCAGAACCCACCUGCCCUGCCCCAGCUUCCAGAAACCAGCUGGUUCCCACACCUGGCCCUCCAGGGACCCCAAAUGGGCAGGCCUCUUCUCAUCUGACCCUGGGCCCUGUCAUCCUGCCUCCGGAGCAGGGCCUGCCCCCUACCAUGAUCCUGAAAGCUCUUCCCAUCCCACUGUACCAUACAGUGCCUCCUGGGGGCCUCCAGCCACGUGCCCCGCUGGUCACAGGCAGCCUGGAUGGGGGCAGCGUGCCCUUCAUCCUCAGCCCCCUGCUGCAGCCUGAAGGGCCUGGGCCCACCCAGGUGGGCAAGCCAGCUGCCACAGCCCUGACAGUGAAAAUUGUGGGCACUCUUCCAGUUCUGUCCCCGGGGCCGGGGCCCACGCUGGGCAGUGCAGGCAGGAUUCGGAAUGCUGGCAAGUACCUGUGCCCGCACUGUGGCCGUGACUGCCUGAAGCCCAGUGUUUUGGAGAAGCACAUCCGGUCCCACACGGGUGAGAGGCCCUUCCCCUGUGCCAGCUGUGGCAUUGCCUUUAAGACACAGAGCAACCUGUAUAAGCACAGGAGGACUCAGACGCAUCUCAACAACUCCCGGCUGUCCGUGGAGUCAGAGGUGGGCGGGAGUGGCAUCUUGGGGGAGCGGGACAGGGCUGGAGAGCCCUCUGCGGCAGAAGGCAGGCAGGAAAGCUGCAGCCAGAGAAUAGGCGACGGAGCUCCAGGAAGGCCUCUUUCCCCAGGUGCCCUUCUCUCCCUUGGGCUCAAGAGUCCAGAGAGGAAGGCAGAAGCUGCUCCCCGCCUCGGGCCUACACCUGCCCACAGAGAGGCCCCGACGGGCUCUGCCCCGAUGGCGUUGCCUGGGCUCCCGCUGGCCAGCACACAGCCCUGUCGGAAGCUGCCAGACCCAAAGCCAUGCUCCCUGCGGCGGCAGCAAGAGGUGUCCUCGGAGAAGCCCUGGGAUGCCAAGGCCUCUGAGGCCCAGCUGAGGAAGUGCGAGAGCACUGACUCGGGCUACCUGUCUCGCUCGGACAGCUCAGAGCAGCCGCCGCUGGCCUCCAGCCCUCUGCACAGCCUGUCGGAGCACAGCGCAGAGUCUGAGGGUGAGGGAGGCCCGGGCCUGGGAGCCGGCAGCACCAGGCCAGAGCCUGCAGCAUUAGGGGCCAGUGUGGAGCUGGAAAAGAAGCGGCUAGAGGAGCGCAUUGCUCAGCUCAUCUCUCACAACCAGGCGGUGGUGGGCGACCCCCAGCUGGAUCACGUGCGGCCCCGCAAGACCGUCCUGUCCAAGCAGGGCAGCAUCGACCUGCCCAUGCCCUACACCUACAAGGACUCCUUCCACUUUGACAUCCGGGCCCUGGAGCCGGGCCGCAGGAGGGCUGCCCUCAGCCCAGCCUGCUCCACCUUCACGGCUCUGGACAAGUCGCGGCCCCUUUUCUUCCACUCUGUGCCCACUCAGCUCUCCACCACUGUGGAAUAUGUCCCCGUCACUAGGAGCAACUCACUGCCCUUUGUUGAGGCCUCUAGCACGUGGCCAGAGCCACGAGACCUGCAGGACGCCUGUUCCAGGAUGCAGAAGCCGCUGAGCCCCAGGCUGGCCCCAGCCCGGCUGACGUUGGCGGAUGUCACCAGUGGCCACCCCCGGGCCCUGGUGAGACAGGGCGCUGUGGAGGAUGUGCCAUGUACCCCCACUGGAGAGCCUGCAGCCCCCACAGAGAACCUGGAUGGGGAGGGAGCAGCCUGCAAGGGCAGAGCGGCCAGUAAGAAGUGUGGUCGGAGGAAGCUGAAGAUGUUCUCCCAGGAGAAGUGGCAGGUGUAUGGGAAGGAGACUUUCAAGAGAAUCUACCAGAAGAUGAAAACCGGCCAUCAGGGAGCGCAGAAAGCCAGGGACGGACGAGCUGGCCAUGGGACAGAGCUGGACCCACCUCCCCAGAAAGAGGCAGCAGAGGCCAAGGGUGCAGCCCCAUCCCAUGACACUGGGAUACCCAUCCUUGGGGACAUUUCUGUGGAGGCCAAGCCAGGGUCUUGGGGAAGCCUGCCAGCUCCAGAGGGCUCCUUAGAGACUGAAUCCCCUGAACAAAGGAGGCCAGUGGCUGGAGCAGGAGGCAGUGAUCAGCUUAGGGUGGCCAGGGCGGUGUCAUCCCCGAUCCUUGGCAGCAGGGACUCCCCUGGUUCAGGUAACAGAAGCCCUCUGCUUCCUCCAAACAGGCAGCUGGAACUGAGGUGGCAGCUGUCCCCAGCGCCUGGGCCCCUCCAGAGGGGUGACGUAGGGGCCCCCAGGCUGGCUGUGUCAGGCCUCCAGCUGGAAGGAGGCCUUACUGGGUGUGAGAGGGUGAGGGAGACAUGUUCACAGUCCCCAGCUGUCCUGAGAAGGCCCGGGGGUGGCUCUGGGGAGCCCUGGCCUGUGGAAGACAAACUCCCCUCAGAAAGGAAGAAGCUGAAGGUGGAGGGGCUGAGCCCCCAGCAGCACCCGGGGCCCCUGGGAGCAGAGACCCUAGUCUGCACUGCUCAGGGUGCCUCUCUGCCUACCCAGAGGCAGGACGGUGACACUUGGGAGACAGCCGGGGUGCCGCAUGGGAAUGCUAAGAAGGUGGCUGAUCACUUGGCAACCUCCAGCUCCUCUUUGGUUGCUCCUGCUGCUGCCGGAAGACAGGCAGGGCCUGGGGACAAAGAGCCCACACUGUCCUGUGCCAUGGGGGCCCCUGGGCAGCACUGCCAGCUGGUCACCCAGUCUCAGGCUCCCACUGCCCUCAUGGUAGAGGCAGAUGGCACCUUUGCCCCCAAGUACCUCCUCAGGUUACCUCAGGGAGACACCCCUUCUUCGCUGCCCACCCUCCUGGUGUCCACCCAAGGCCAAUGCUCUGUCUCCACAGCGGGACCUCCCAAGGGAUCAGGGAUGCCCUGUUCUCCUGGGCCAGCCUCAGGCCCAGGCCCAGGGGAGGCAGAUGGCAGCCUGGAGAAAUCCAGCUGCUCCAGGCCAAGGGAUGGCAAGAAAGAGACGCAAGUGGGAAGGGAAAAUCGAGAGGAGCCUGACACCCAUGUCCUGGCAUCUGGGGAGUCUCCUGGCCCAGCCACGGGGCCCCCACAGGAGACAACCUCUCUCCCACCUGUCUCCACGUGUGACGCCCUGGGAGUGCAGGACAAGGGGGGUGAGACCUGUGCCAUCUGCCAACCCCGCACAGGCAGCGCGUCGGCAGGGGCUGCGACUUCUGGAGGUGAGGUGAAGCCCCAGGCGCCAGGCUGGGAGCUGUGGGGGUCUCCUGAGGAUGCCCCCAAAGACCCUCCUUCGAAGCUCAAUCCCUGCUGCUCUGUCCAGUCUGGCUCCUUCCUCACGGCUCUCACAAGGCCCCAGGCCCUGCCCCUGGGCCACCCAGAACUGCUGCUGUCACCCGACUUAGGGACCCCCAGGAGCUGUGGGACCCAGAGUCCCUUCCCCUCACUGAGGGCUGAGCCCCAGCUCACAUGGUGUUGCCUGAGACGCAGCCUGCCCCUGCCCCGGGAGCAGAAGGAGAAGGCUGCUUCCGUGUACUGGGCUCUGCACUUCCCUGGUGGCAGGCUCCCUCAUGGGUGUCCUGAGGUCCGGCCCAUGGACGACGGAGGAUGUACCAGUGGGGGCUCCAGAGAAGGAGGCCCAGCACCGACACCCAAGCUCUCCUGCCUCAUAGUCUCAGGGAUGAGGGCCCAGGACCGGACGUUGGACCCAGAAUGGAAGAAAGGCCUGUUUCGAAGGAGGGCGAAGACGACUUGUGGGAACAGCAAGCAGAAAAAACUGAGAAUCAAUCCCAAAAGGUGUGAAGGGAAUUUCUGGCAGAGCCGGGCUCAGCUGCGAGCCAGCAGAUUGCGCAAGCCAACCUGGGGACCGAGAAGAAGCUGCCCCCCACCUCCACUCGGGCGGGCUCCACGGGGAGUGUCAGGUGUACAUGAACAUGUCUCCCCUUCUUCAGGUCUGAAUCUCCAAGGAGCACCUUCUUGUGUCACCUCGCAAUUGUCUCUUGGUCUGGGGGAUGAAGAGAAGAAGGAAGAGGCCUGCAGACAAACCUCAGAAACUGUCUCUCCUGUGACAAGUUCAGGGACCAUCAGGGACACAGAUACAUCUACCAGAGAGGCUAUUUCUCCACCUGCUGGUGAGCCUGGUGACUGUUCUCCUCAGGAGGACACUGAUGUGCUACCAGGAUUAUCUCUGCAAUCAGACACCUGCUUGGCAGUGGCUGAGGAUAACUCUUUGCCCACUGGGAAAGGUCUUGAUGUUGGAUUGCUGGAAACUCACCUGCUGCCCUCCCAGGAUCAAGACUCGAUAGAUCCCAAAUCACGCAUUUUCUCAGAUGCUCAAGAGCCUUCUUCUUCUGGACCCAAAGAAACUUCCCCCUGCCACGACGCUACCUCUGUAGCCGCCAUUUGUAUUUCGCUAGGAGUAAGAGCUGGUCACACAAGGCUGGGAGUUCACAGCUCAGAGGCACGUGAACACAACUGGGCUGCAGGGGGGACUCCAGCACAGAGCUUCCCACAUGGAAGAGCCACGGCAGAGGGCACUUCACAGACACUCUUGCCGGGGAAACCUUCAUCUGGACAAGCAAUUUCAGGUUUGGGUCCACUGGACUCAACUGGGAAAACUCAUCUUGAAAUACCAACUUUAGGACCAAGUUCAACAAGUUCAUACCAAGAAGAAGGGAAGCAGCUGGCAGUUUUUCCUUCCAGGGCCCAGUACGGGAGUGGAGAAAUGGCCGCCCCCUCCCCUCCUGCAGGAAGUCACGGUGGGAAAAGUCAAGCAUCCGGAUCAAUCAUUCUGAAGGCUUGCGUGGCCCCUUCUAAACCAGGGCGGCCUCCAGAAGUCCCUGAAGCCCCGUCUAAAUCCAUCAGGAAGAGGAGUUUGGAAGGGAUGAGAAAGCAGACUCGGGUGGAGCUGAGUGACACCAGCAGCGAUGAUGAAGACCGACUGGUCAUAGAAAUAUGACACUUCUGGCGAAAGAUGACAUCUAUGAUCACGGACUGUUGAUGCUUCGCAAGUAAGUGUCACCAGCUGAUAGACUCCCUGAACUCUAUUUAUGAAACACCCGUGGAUCAGGAAAGCCAUUUUGUGUUCCUUGGAAGCCAAAUCCAACCAACUCCAAACCUCCAAUUCGGCCACACCCUUUCCUGGCUCCUCUGGGCCUGGUUGCUUUCACCUGAUGCACGUGGGACAAAGGUGGCCCAUGAAGCACAUUUGAAGACAUGUACACUGAACACAGUGACUGGGCCUUGACUUGCAGCCCCGUGCUCAGCAUCAGCCCCCCGGAUGACCUCACUCAGGUAGCAUGGCAUUAGCAGAGAGAGCCACAGCGACAUGUUUGCUGACAAGCAGACUCCGCUGAGCAGCGCAACGGACUUCUCCAUGAGUGGGCUGAGGGUUUGCUUCCAAGUGGGAAGCAUGCUUGGGAUUAUUGGGGUAGUUUGAAAGAAAGAUGGGGUGUGUGAAUUGAGCCUGAAGAUAUUUCUGUUCAUUCUGGAGACAAAAUUCAGAAUCAUUAAAAAACUGGUUUGGUUGGAGUAA